GUGCAAAUAAUGACAUUAGAACUAAUAGGCUAUUAGGUAAUAGUAAAUUCAGAAGAAUGAUAAGUUAUCGAAUAGACACUUCAUGCAUGCCACUCCACACUCCAGUUCAGUUGGUGGCGGUAAUGCACCAAAAGUUGGCUUGGCCAACGCCAAUAAACGUUACCAGAAGAAGACAAGAGGCGAAACGCUGAUGUUUUUUAACAGUCGCUAGGUAGCGCUUCGGUCGCGCGGCCGCCAUUUUGGAGUGAAAAUGGCAACUGGACCCCAACAGCACAGAUGCCCCGAAACCGACAGAGUGACAACGAAAGAGAAGUCAAAGUGGACUAAAAGAACGCAAUGUUCGGCAAUCAACUGCAAAAACUAUCAGUGCAAUAGUACCAAUCUUGCCUUUCAUCGUUUUCCCAAAGACCCUAACAGGUGUGCCAGGUGGGUGCAGAAUCUCAGGAAUGCAUCUUUGAUGGGGAUAAGCUCUCAGCGACUCCAUCACAACUAUAGGGUGUGCAGUGCACAUUUCCACGCUAGCCAGUUUAAGAGACCAUCUAAUGUCCAUGCAGGAUUGAAAUGGGAUGCAGUGCCCACAAUGGUUAAUGCCCCUAACCCACCACCCCCAUUGGACUUGAAGUUAAAGAGAAAGCCACCAAAGACACGUCAGGAGUUACCACCAAAGAGACGCAAAAAAAGUAAUAUUGUUUACCUGCCAAAUGCAGGCUCAUCCACUGCAGACAGUGUUCAACAUCCCACUGGUUCAGAGACCGAUGUUACCUCACCUGAUGCUUCCGUAGCAAGACCUUCGAUGCCACUGACACCACUGUUGCCACCAAUGUCAUUGCCAAAAGGCCUUGAAACUGCUUCCAGGGAACAUGCCCUGAAGAUGAAGAUUAGGAGUCUGAAGGUACAGGUGUGCAAACUGAAGGCGGAAGUGAACAGGCUGAAGAAGACCAGGAAGGCCUGUGUUAAUAAGGAGUCAGUGAUGAAGCAGUUGAAGAAAUUCUUACCAGCCAAAGCAUAUGCUUUUGUGAGUACACAGAUACAUAUGUUUCAGCGGAAGGCUCAUGGUUUUCGGUGGACCACUCAGGACAAAGCUUUCUUCUUGUCUCUGCUGCAUGCCAGUCCAAAGUGUUACAGGCUGCUGUUUAAAGUGUUUUCUAUGCCAUCUGUCCGCACACUGCAAAAGCUUAUGAAGUCUAUCGAUAUUGAGAAGACUAUUGGCGAACACGGCUAUGCUACAGUGACUACUGACUCUAGAGUAGACGAAACAGGCACCGGAUAUGCAGAUCCACCAGUCACUGCUAAUGUGGAAGUCAAAGCUGAACAGGUGGAGCAGCCAAUAGACUAUACACUUGACAAUCAGUUUGAUUCCCACCAAAUAUCUUCUUUUAAUUCUGGAGAUCGUGUGAUGCUGUGCUGGAGUCUGUCCUACCGAAACAUGUCCUGGACCUGCUGAGUGACACGAGAUGAGGUCACCAGUUUCAGCAGCAUCUGUCUUUGACCAUGAUGGAGGUGUACUGGUUUACAUAGCUGGGUAUAUGGCCAGUAAGGUUGUGGGGAAAUUCACUGUCAGUGAAGAUUGUCUCUGUAAGGAGUGUAAAAUCUUGACCACAGAUAUCCCUGCUGAUUCACAGUACGCAUUCCUCAAGGACAAACAGUACACUGACCUCAACUUAAGAGUGAAGAGCCUUAAAGUGCCCAGCAUGGCACUGGUGAAUUUAGUCAUAGCUCUGGAGUCUAACUUCCAAAAAAAAAAAAAGUUAUCCACACAGUUGGGUUGGGUGGGAAGCUGUUUACCAGAAGUAUGGUGAUUGUGAGUGAGUGCAGAGGAGUAGUGUGUGACCCAGAGAAGUGCAAAGUCACUCACCUACAUGUUUAGAAUCUUUAUACAGAUCAGAAUCCAUCACGUCUUACGCACCCAAAAUUGGUGAAUCUCACAGCCAAGUUAGAGGCACAAUAGAAAAUUUCUCAAAUUACUCAUCUGUAAAUUUUAUGACUCCUACAGUAAAUGUUGUAUUGUCUUGUAUAUGUUUUAUGUUAUCCAUUGUGGAAUCCAACCAUUAAGUACUCAUUUGAGGUAGGUUUAGCCUACUUUGAGUAUUUCCAUUGUGUGCAACUUUACACAUUUACUAUUACUCAACUAGGUAUGAAAUAUAUAUUGUACGUUUUAAUCCCCUGGAACACACUACAAACAUGAUCUUAUAGAACAUGAUGCAUUGCGGUGUCUGUCAUAAUUGAAUAAUUAAAUAAAUUUGGAGACAGUGGCUGUAAAAA